GGGUCCAUAGCUAUGUCUAUGGGCUGCUCUAGUGAAGGUUGAAAUAGGUUUCUGCAACCAAAAUGGCGGAUGAGGGAAGUGAGUUAGCGAAGGAGAAGUCCUUUAAAUUAUUGGGAAUUCUUGAUGUUCGAAACACACCAUGUGUCCGAGAAUCCAUACUUUUUGGAUCUGUUGGCUCUUUGGUAAUCGGAGUUGGACACUUUCUGGCAACAAGUAGAGUUAGACGUUCUUGUGACCUAGCUGUUGGAGGAUUUAUUCUCACUACACUUAGCUCUUGGAUAUACUGUAGAUACAAUUCUGCAAAACUAAGAAUACAACAAAAUAUACUGAAAACUGCAAUGAAAAACAAGGUACUGUACGAAGGAAGCAGUUUUGAUCCAACAGUACAAGAGAACAGAGGAAAGAACUCCUAAUUAUGUUGGAAUGAGAUCAUAUUAUUAACCAUGGACUUCUAAUUUACAGACAUGAACCUGGAAAA